CGGUUGGAGGUGAAGUUUCUCAGGGCAAAGCCUGAAGUAUUAUUACAACUUUCCCAUAAAACUUCGAUUUGCUGUUUCUUUCAAUUACUGUUAUCAGCGCCAUGGCUAAUAUCAAUGGUUUGAUAGCCGAAAAGCCUGUGGUGAUUUUCAGCAGGAGCAGCUGUUCCAUGAGCCACGCCAUUAAGACGCUCAUAAGUAGCUUUGGGGCAAAUCCUACCAUAUAUGAGCUAGAUGAAAUUGCAAAUGGAAGGCAAAUUGAGAGGGAACUGGUGCAGUUAGGUUGUCAGCCGAGUGUACCAGCAGUGUUCAUUGGUCAACAGCUCGUCGGCGGUGCCAAACAGGUGAUGAGCCUUCAGGUUCAAAACCAGCUAGGCCAGUUGCUUAGAAGGGCAGGAGCUAUCUGGGUUUGAAACAAAACCAAGUAUUAAACUAUUAAUUUACUUCCUCACUUAUCAACUCUUUAUAUGUAGACUAAACCAGCUCUAAUAAACUAGCUUUUAAUUACAUAUUACCGAUAACUCUACAAAGUUACCUACUGAGGGAGCUUCUAUUUACCUAAUUCUGUACUUUUUCUUGUAUUUUCUGGAUGCUUAAGUCGGGUGGAACAUGUUUUACCUUCCACAUGUAAUAAUAUCUACAGUUCAAGCUAAAUAAAGGUAGUUAAAUUUGCUAUUA